AUGUACCCCUCCCGGACUGAACAUUCGGGUCUGAUGUAUCGAUUGCACUUUGUAGCAUCAGCGCUCGGCAUAAUCCCGCUCAUCUUGCUCUUCGUCCUGGGCUUGAUCUGCACUCCGCGCAAAACACUGGACGAUUACACAGACGAUGAGGAAGCGGAUGCUCUGAAAAUCCACUCCCCGUCAUCCCCACUCUCGUCUUCCACACACUCAUCUUCGGAAUCCAUCGCUUCCGGUGCUGGCUCUUCUUCUCCACAAUCCACUCGAUCUGCUCUGGUUGUGUCCCGCACACGUCGUUCCUCGUCUCAGUCCAAUGUGAUCCGAGCUACGAACACGUCACACCGUGCAUCCUUUCAAUCAGCUAUUCGAUUACCACGUUGGUCCAGUCAACCGGAGCAUUUGGCCCGAGAACGAUCAGAUUUGGCCGGUGUUUGUGUGAGACGGACCGGUACGGUUCGGCUGCGUGUCGGUCCGACGACACGCUCGGCCAUUCGCGCGGUUAGCACGACCAAGUCGAUUAGUUCACCAAGAGCAGUCAGUUUUCAGUUACCCUCUCGCACUCCGAACCAGGCCGAACCGACAUCAAAACAUCGGCUUCAGGUCCAAGUAUUUCACUCGCCCAUUCCUUCCACCGCCGAGAUGACAGAUUUGUCGGAACCUCUGUCUGAACACAUCGCCACUGCACACCCGCUCAGUACGGUCGCCCCAACAGACAACGGUCACAAACCAACACGAUACGGUCGUGCCAAUCGUGAAAGUUGGACAGACACACGGGCCCUCACGGGCGGAGUUGUGGACACGGUUGAUGCUGUCAAUCGUCGUGGAGGUGUUGAGAACAAAUUGUUUGUUCUGCCCGCUCAUUUCGAAUUGGCCGCCCUACGGUUGGGUGAGAAUCGUUCAGGUACGUCGGACCCGAUACAGCAGUCAAGAGUUCUAAAAGGUGAGUAA